AUGUUUGGUGAGAGGACCCGGAGGGACGUGAGGAGGAGGGCAUUACAAUAUUAUUUCCUGGAAAUGCAGAGAGUCAACGCAAACGGUUUAGGGGUGACGAGAGAAAGCCGGGCGUGAGCACAGAAACGAGGGAGAGAGCCGCGCCAUCUUUCCAAAUGAUAAGCCUCGAGUAUUCAGUCGCCUCUCGGGCACUGCAGCUGUUCAUCUUUCAUGAAAUGAAGUAGCACAAAAA